UCAGUAUAUAAAUAUAAUGCAGCUCAACAUCAAGAACACAACAACAUAAAUACCAAAACCUCUAUAUUCAGUGAAAAGUGCAUAAUCACUCAGUUUCCAUUGCAAUAAUUCAGUGUUAUUAUUGAGUUAGUAUGAGUAAAAUGAGCAGGAUGAAGGGUGGGGGAGCAUUGCUAAUUCUUCUUUACUUGAAUAUAUUCACUUCCAAAGUGAUUGCUGGUAGUGCACAAACAUGCCCUGCUGACCUUGGUGGUAAAUGUGCUGAUUCAGACGAAUGGACAGGAGAAUUCUUCCCUGAAAUUCCCAAAAUUAAGUAUGAGGGGCCUUCUAGCAAGAAUCCGCUAGCAUACAAAUGGUAUAAUGCAGAAGAAGAGAUUCUUGGGAAGAAAAUGAAGGAUUGGAUGAGAUUCAGCAUUGCGUUUUGGCAUACAUUCCGUGGGACAGGAGGUGACCCAUUUGGUGCUCCAACUAAAUAUUGGCCUUGGGAGGAUGGGACUGAUUCAGUGGCUAUGGCCAAACGAAGAAUGAGGGCCAAUUUUGAGUUGCUGGAUAAACUUGGAGUUGAUAGGUGGUGUUUCCAUGAUAGGGAUAUAGCGCCUGCUGGAAAUACUAUUGAGGAAAGUAAUGCAAAUUUUGAUGAAGUGGUGGCCCUUGCUAAAGAGCUUCAGGGAAGCAAGAUCCGUCCUUUGUGGGGUACAUCUCAGUUGUUUGUACAUCCUCGUUACAUGCAUGGUGGUGCUACUAGUUCUGAAGUAGGUGUAUAUGCAUAUGCCGCAGCUCAGGUUAAGAAAGCAAUGGAGGUCACACAUUAUUUAGGCGGAGAAAAUUAUGUUUUUUGGGGUGGUCGCGAAGGUUACCAAACUCUUUUGAACACAGAUAUGGAAAGGGAGCUAAAUCAUAUGGCAAGAUUUAUGGAAGCGGCUGUUGCCUACAAGAAGAAGAUUGGAUUCAAUGGGACUCUGCUAAUUGAACCCAAGCCCCAAGAACCUACUAAACACCAGUAUGAUUGGGAUGCUGCUACUGCAGCUAAUUUCUUACGAAAAUACGGGCUCAUAGAUGAAUUCAAGCUCAACAUCGAGUGCAAUCAUGCAACUCUUUCUGGUCAUAGCUGUCACCAUGAGCUUGAAACUGCAAGAAUCAAUGGUUUACUCGGAAAUAUUGAUGCCAACACCGGUGACCCUCAGAUUGGAUGGGAUACCGAUCAGUUCAUGACAGAUAUUGCCGAGGCAACUCUGGUUAUGACGAGUGUAAUUAAAAAUGGAGGAUUGGCACCAGGAGGAUUCAAUUUUGAUGCAAAAUUGCGAAGAGAGAGUACCGAUGUUGAGGACAUAUUUAUUGCUCAUAUCGGUGGAAUGGAUACCUUGGCUCGUGGACUUCGAAAUGCUGUUAAGUUAAUUGAGGACGGUUCGUUGGCUGACCUUGUACGCAAGCGCUAUCAGAGUUUUGACACAGAAAUCGGAGCACAAAUAGAGGCUGGUAAGGCUGAUUUUGACAUGCUCGAGAAGAAAGCCAUCGAAUGGGGUGAACCAAAGGUUCCUUCUGCCAAGCAGGAACUUGCAGAGAUGAUUUUCCAGUCUGCCCUAUAAGGUGUAAGGCAGAUAACAUAGUAGCAGCAAUAGGGCUUUGCCUACAAUGCUUCCAGAUCUCCCUCGUUUGUAAUAAUCAUAUUCAGUAGGAAUAAUACAUACUAGAGCUUAUCCGUAACAGAAACCGUUAAAUGUAGGUAAUGCGGCUUUCGAGUUAAAUGCAGGAUGAUUUAUGAGCAAAAGUUUUUUUAUCUAUUAUUUUAUGCUUUAGGCACAACUUAUAUUUAAUGGAAUUUUAUAUUUUAGUAUUUAA